UGGAGGGGGGCGGGAGGACUGUGGUGACGUGGCCGGCUUUGGCGCUGUGUUUCCCGGACAUCCUCGCCGCUGACAGCCGCUGUCCUCGGAGCUAGAAGCUAGAAGCUAUCGGCUAGCUGAUGCUAAUGGAGGCUCCCUCGGUGUUCCUGCUGCUGCUGCUGCUGUGUGUCCACGAAGACGGCCUGCACGCCGCCUCGCCACGGCGGAGAGGACCUAAAGUCACCGAGAAGGUGUUCUUUGACAUCAGCGUGGCGGGUCAGGAGGUGGGCCGCGUCGUCAUCGGUCUCUUCGGCGAGGUGGUCCCCUCUGACUGUGGCCAACUUUGUUGCCCUGGCAACAGGAGAGAAAGGUUACGGCUACAAAGGCAGCAAGUUCCACAGAAUCAUCAAGGACUUCAUGGUCCAAGGAGGAGACUUCACGCUGGAGAUGGGCGGGUCUGUGUCUUUGACAUCUUCAGUAGAGCUUUAAUACCUUUUGUCUCAUGUGCUGCGUUCAAGACCACCGAGUCUUUCUCUCAUCCUGCUGCUGUGUGCUUCCGUCCUUGGCAGUUUGACGGCGACGGCGACGGAAAGAUCACGCCGGAGGAGCUGAAGGACGGCAUGAAGAGUCUCCUGGGUGAGAAGCUGAAGAAGGGAGAGCUGGAGGAGAUCCUGGCCGACAUUGACCUCAACAAGGACGGCAACAUCGACUUUGAUGAGUUUGUGAUGAUGCUGUCUGCUCGCUGACCGGAGGACCACACACUGCUCCUGUCCUGCAGUCUGCCUUGCUGUGGAUUCUACUUCGUGACCACGCAUGGCAGGAGGGACAAUGGAUUGGAUUUUCAAAAUAAAAUGGUGCAGUCUGUGCAAAAAGCGAGUUAUGAAACGUUUGAUUGAAAGAA